AUGGCUGGGUCCUUCCAUUUCUUAAUUAUCAAUGAAAAAUUUAAAAGCAUCACUUUUUUGUUAAUAAAAAACUUUUUGAUGUUGGCAUGUCGCUAGUGUCAUUCACUCAUUGUAAUAUUGUGUAUAAGUCUACGGUCUACUCUACUAUCCAAUCUAGAGUCCUGUAUAGUAGUUUAUGGAAUCACAUCUAAAUUAUAAUAGCCACUUAGUUUCUAAAAUGGAAUCUGGAGAGGUAAGAAAUUUAUGUUUACCUAACAUAACCCCAUUAGAAAACUUGUCAUCAUACCAUUGGAAGCUAUUAAAAUUGAAGGGUCGUUUGGAUACAAUUACAGAACGUAUGUCAAAAAGAAAAAGUGGAACAUUGGAACCUUAUACUACAUACAUGGAUGAAGAUUCUACAGAUAAAAUUGAUAAAUUCUUGUUAAUGAGUCAAGUAAAACCAUUAGAGUCAGAUGAUGAUGAUAUGGAUUUAAGUAAAAUUAACUAAUAUUUUUAUUUUAAUGUAAAUAAAUAAUUAAUGCAACAUGUAAUAUAACUAUAAAACAUAUAACUUAUAUUGUGACUUCAUUAUUCUUCAAUUUCAAUUACUUUUUCUUCGCAUAUUUUAUCUACUAGAUUA